AAAAUAAAUAAAUAAAUAAAUCAAUUCAAUACAAAUAAACUCACUUCAAUCACGCCCACUGUUUCCCUUCCCCUCUCUCUCUCUCUGUGUGUGUGUGUCCAUGGAUGAAGAAGAGCCGGAGAGCGGCUUCGGGGCUGCUUUUGCGGCGCCAUCUAUCGUCACUCUGACGCCAUUCUCGCCUUCAGUCUCUCCCUCCCCGCGCCGGCUCUCGAGCCAUUUUAUAAGGCCGAAUCGGCCCGUGAGAGCAGCGAGACAGCUUGCAUGGGUGUCUCUCCAGGGUCGGCUGGUCGGCGCCGAAGAAGCCAGCUCGGCUAGAACCAUAGGCGGUGGAUUGAGCCCAGCGGAAGCAGUUUCUUGGGAGCUAUUUAGCCCCAUUCAUCGGAUUCUCGUAGUGGCGGUUGUCGCCGUUGCGGCCGCAAAUUCAAAGAAGAACAAGCAGAUUUGUCAGCUCAGAAAAUCUGUUCAACUCAGGGAUCAGGUGCUUUUAAGCAUGCAACAGAAGCUCGAUAAUUUAUGUGAGCAAGUGAAUUAUAUUAAAGAUCAGCCAGGGACAUGGGCCGACAUCUCGUUUCCCAAAAAUGUUGAAUUCCUGUUUAAUGAACCAUUUGGCUCUGAAAAAGCUAAAUCUGUUGGCUGUGGCUGUCAGCUUUGUGAUCAGCAUCAGACUCCAUUCAAAAAUGAUCCAACGGAUAUUUCUGUGGUCAAAGCUUCAAGUGGUGAUGACAAGUACAAAAUACCUUGCUCUAAAAUGGCAGAACCAGAAACAUCCAAUUAAGAAUACGAUUUGUCGGAUUGGGGUUCCAGUGUCACUUCUUCUGUUGAUAUACAGCUAAACACACUGGCAAUUGAACAAGAUAUCUAUAAUCUCAAGAAGGAAUGUGAAGAAAAGGAUGCAACCAUAAAGGAGCUAUCCACUUUUCUCCACUCAUCCGAAGUUUCUGGCUCUAAGAGGAUUACAGAGUUGGAAGACAUUGUCCGCAGAAAGAACAUGAGAAUUACAAAACUUAAGAAGGACAUGUUGGUCCUUGAACAGAAGGUGGUGCAACUAACAAGACUCCGGAGACCCUCCUCUGCUUUGAGCUCAGACAUGACGAAGCUACCAUUAAUGGCAGAUAACCUUGUGUAUGAUAUGGAUAGUACCACUGGCUCUUCAUCUUCUGAUUCCGAUUGCCCCAACAGGAAACGAUCACAAGCUUCUGUUGUUAAAAGCCAAGAAAAUUAUGUUCCGAAUAGUGAUGUUCCAAAAGGCUCUGGUUCGUUAGUGAAACCAACAGACAGGAAGCAAAAAUCCCGACCUGUAAGUCCUCUGAAAGAGAUAUCAAUCAACCAGAAAUCUGAUUCAGUCUCUUCUUUGAGACCAAUGCAGCCACUAUCAGCUACUGGAGAUCUUAAAAAUAGGAGGCGAGCUCAAACUGGAUCUAGGGCUGUACCGCCACAGAAGAGAUGGGUUUAUAUAAAAUAGUCUUGGUACAAAAACUCUAUAAAGAUGAUCCAUGGGAGCGUUGAAAUGCCUAUGUGAAGACCGGAUGGGGAUGUGUGUGCACUUCUGGAAGUUGUUGAGGCCAGUACAUGACUUAGUUGCUGAGCAUUAUUGUUGUGUAAUGUUGUUCUUUGUUGCAAAUUGUAGCAUUUUCAGAACAAGAGUUUUUUAAGUUCGGUAGAUUUAAAGA